AUGACGGACACACCAUGGAAGUGUGAUUCAAAUAAUCGAAUAACAUUAAUUUAUAAUAAUUGGCUUUCCUCUCAAGUCAAUGUCGAAGUGGCAAAAAUCAUUCUCGAAGAACAAUUGGGAGUUUGUGUGCAGUUAUUGUUACUUCCAGUCAUGGACGGAGUGUUUUUAAUUAAUAACAAGGGAAAUGAAACGGCGUUGGCCAUUUUAGAAUUUUGGAAAAUUAAUCGAUAUGAAGAUUACAAAGCCCAUGUUCAAAAUGGUAAAUUCAUUUCAGACAUUGGAGAACUUGGUCCUCUUGGAAGAGUCGGAUGGUACAUUCCUCAUUUCAUGACACAUGAUCCAUCAGCACUCAAUGACAACAACAAUCAAGAAUUUAUUCGAUCCUAUCGAUAUUUCAGAACCACUCCAAAAUAUCGUUUAAUUACAGGAUCGAGGACUUGGUCCAUGGUCGAUCAACAAAUUGUUCGAAAUUUAAAAUUGAAUUUACAAGUGGAAUAUCCUCCUGAAAACAACACGGAACAAUAUCUUAUUGACACGCUGGAAAAGGCUCAACUUGAGAAAAAACCUAUCGUGGUCGUGUUUUGGACACCUCAUCAAAUCUUUGGUUCUGAAAAUCCUCCUCAACGAGUUUUUCUACCUGCCUAUUCUGAAGAUUGUCGAAAAUUAUCGAAUAUUGAGAGAAGCCUAGUCGAUUGUGAUUAUCCACCAACGACACUCAACAAGUUGAUUAGUGACGCUGUGUCAAAACUUUCUGCACGGGCACAAUUGUUUUUGAGAAAUUUCAAAUAUCAAAGUUCAGAUCAAUUACAAAUCAUGGGUGACAUUUUCUACCAUCAAAUGCAACCGCGAGAGGCUGCAUGUAAAUGGCUCAAGAAUAAUACUGAAUUGUGGAUGUCAUGGAUUCGAGAAUCGUCGCCUUCUCGUCCUCAACAAGAUCUUCCACUUUCUAUUGGAAUGGCUGUUUUGGCAGCAUCGAUUGGAAUUUCAAUCAUUGCUCUUGCAACCAUACUCAUUGGAUGCAGCAUUCAGCGAAGAUCUUCCACUCGAAGACUUGAGAAUCGGCUUGCUCCAAAAACACCUCCUAUUUGUAUUGUUUUUACAAGUAUUCAAAAUGCAGCACUAUUGUGGACAUUGGCCACUGAAACCAUGAAAAAAGUCAUGACCAUACAUAAUCGAGUUAUGAGACGUAAUAUCAAGAAAUUUCGAGGAUAUGAAGUGAAAACUCAUUUGGAUUCAUUCAUGAUUGCAUUUCAAUGUCCUCUGGAUGCUGUGGCUUGUUGCUUGUCCAUUCAGAAAGAGCUUCUCGAGUGUGAAUGGACAAGUGACAUGUUGGCAUUUCCUGACCUUCGAAAAGUGGUUUGGAACGAUCAUGUCGUGUAUCAUGGUCCUCGUGUGAAAAUUGGAAUUCAUUUUGGAAGUGACAUUCAAGCACAAUAUGAUACAACCACUCGACGAUUUGAUUAUUUCGGAACGACGGUCAAUAAGGCAAGUCGAGUGUCCAAAGUGUGUGAGAGAGGAGGAAGAAUUUAUAUCAGUGAAGAGACAAUGCAAUAUAUUAAGGAUCAAGUGAUCCAAUAUGAUUCAUUCCAUGAUACAAACAUGUCGACAACAGCAACGUCGACGAUGGUCAAGCAUGUACACUUCACAUUGUUCUCGUCAAGUCAUGAAGAUGAACAUUCGGUUGCUGCACAUGGAGUGGAUGACCACCCAAUCGUGACACCUACACCCUCAUUGAAGCAAUUAGUGGCAUCAGGACAAGUGGUUUUUGAACUUGUUGAAGAGGUUUUCUUGAAAGGUUUAACUGGAAAGCAUGCCAUUUAUUGGGUCAAGGAAGUGAAUGAUCCUCGAUCGACCUUUAUUGAGAACUAUGAAAUGCAUGGAAGAAAUCAUGUGGCAGUGGCAAAAAUUGGUUCCGUAGCAACUCCGUUAUCGUGUACUACUACAACACAUGCAGUGAGUGGAAUUACUGGAGAGGAGUCUCCAUUGAAAUCUCCUUCAUUAAUGAAUGUGUCACAAUUGGCAAAAUAUGAUUUCCAAGCUUCGAUUGAACAAACGUUAAAGAAUAGUGCGACAUUAUCGGAAGAGGAAAAAUCCAUUCUGAUUCAACGAUUUGUCUUGUGGAGUGCUUGUUGUGAAUAUGGUUCUGUUGGUGGCAGAGCUUGCCUGAUACGUGACAUGUGGAUCAAAUUUCCUGACUCUACCUUGAUGAAAUUUAUUGCAAAUGUUUUGGCUCAACAAGAUGAAGGACAACCAUGUCAUGUCAUGGAGACAACAAUUAUUGGUGAAAGUACAACAAACUCGUCGAAUUCGAGUACAAGGAAUGAUGAUGUUAAUUUUGGACUGGAAAUUCAUGAAGAUGAUCAAGACACUGCAGUGAAAUACUCUCACAGUAAAGAUGAAACACAUUAA